AGAUAACAACAUGUUAAAGUCAGCUACAGGUGACAUAAGCAAUCUGCUUAAUAGAAGAAACUUGAAAUCUCUUUUAAUAGAGCCCACUGAGACUCCUUCAAAUAUAGAGUUAAGUAGAACUCCCAAGAUUACCAAAGUAGGAGUGAAUAAAAAGGAAUGAAAAAGCUCUCCUCUCGCGCUCAAGAACUUCAACAAAACUUUUGGUGUGAGAAGUCUCUCCCAGUCAAUGCUCAAGAGAAGCGGCACUAAUUCAAUACUUCCUUCUCUCAAAGGCACAAAGAAACAAACUUCAAAGGUAAAGCACAUGAAGAAGCUCAAAAAUGAUAAGUAUGUCACCAGCAAGAUUGUUAAUAUCCCGAAGCCACCACUGAAUAAUCUUGCUGUGAAAGAGAAAUCAAAACCAUUAAAUGAUCAAGAAGAAAUACACUCUGCUCUCACUACUGUUGCUAAGAGAGAUAUGAGAGAGCUUAAAAGAGGAAGUCUUACCUCCCAAUUUACUGCUGCCACUACUCCUUGUGUCAAAGUGAAUACUAACAAAUUCAAUUGAAAAGAUUACAAAGCAGACUUAGAGGAGGUCAAGACACCUGUCUUGAUGUCUAAGUCCAAGAAUGAGAAAAGCUUCAGUUCAACCAUUAAUCUAAGGACUCUGAUGGUCCCUUUAAAUACCUCUGUGAACAAGAGUAAACGAUCUGAUAAAGAUGUCAAUGAUAUCCAAAAAUCCUUAACAAUUGAUAAGGAUGACAGCUUCAAGAGUCCUUAUAGAAUAAAGACAACUUUGAAGAAGAAGGCAAAGUCGAAAGUUAUCAACAUCAUGCCGAAGACGAAAUCUGAUAUCGACAAAUCUGAUUAUGGAAGAGAUAGAGAGCUUCUAGAUGAGUUUGAAGCGAUUCUUUCUUCUGAAAUUAAUGACUUCAAAAUUCUUAACUAUGAUAGAGUGAGUCCAAACUUGAUUCAAAAGUUCUCAAAGUGCUUUGACAAGAUCAUCCAGCAUUGAGAUAGCCUCGAGAUUGAGAAAAGUCAGAGAUCUAAGGCCCACUCGAGUAACUCAAAAGGAGACAAUGUGUUUUCCUACAUAAAGAGAGCUUACGAAAAUUUUAUUAAGCGUAUCGUUGGUAUUAACCAUAUUUCUGAAAUAGACUGUGUACUCAAGAAGUGCCUUGAACUUUCCUCCUCUUCCAAGUACUCAUUGAGGCAUUUCCAACAGGAUGAGAGCUUCGAGAAGAGAAAAAUUGUCAAAAGUUACUCUAUUUUGAUAGAUGACUACAAAUCAUUGGCAGAGGUGAGGAAUUCUCUCCAGAAAGAAAUUGAUGAAGUUAAUAAGAAAUGAAAGUAUGACAUGGACCAACAGAGUAAGAAGCACUCUGAAGAACUUAGAAAGAUGAAGUCAGGCAUCAAAUCACUCAAGCUUAAACUAGAAAGUGCUAAGAACAAGCCUGAAGUAGAUCAUUCUAAGUAUGAAAAGCUUAAACAGAACUUCAAACUUUUACUAAACGAGAAUGAUCAGCUAAACAACGCAGCUAUGAGGUAUAAGGAACAAGUUGAUGAUCUUUCAAAGAAGAAAAAUAGGCUGAACUUCUUAAUUUUCCUAUGCAUGAAAAAUGGAUACCCAGUGAGUAAAUUAUACCAAGAAGAAGUCAAGCCGAUUGAUAGUCACAGAUUUGACCUCCUGACGCCUUCUAAGUACAAGAAUUCUCUGAAAAAGCUUAAUGAGGAGAUGAAGAAGAGUUCUCCAGUUAGGUCUUCUUCCCAAAAGAACCUUACAAGAGUUAAUUUGAAUGAAUCUUUUGAACCCUUGCCUGAGAACUUCUUCGAGGAGCUCGAUGGAUGUGGCAUGUCCAACAAGUCUUUUGAUUAUAGCACGGCUAGAUCAAAGGAGCUUAAUGCUAGUUAUCUGCCAAUAUUGGACAGUCCAGCAAAGCAUCCUCAGAAGCCAUCGUUGAUUCCAACGUUGGAUUUCAAGAAGCUUGAUGAUUAUAAUCAAGCGGUAAAGGCAGCUAAGAAGAAAAAGUAUGAAGAAAGAAUGAUGAACGGAGUCUAUAACCAAGAAAUGGAAGAAAUCGAAGACCUGUUGAACUCCUUAUAAACCCUCUCACAUCUCUCUGCCAUUUAAACUAUUAAGUUUUGAAUAAAUUAUUUAAGCG